AUGAGCUCGAUCCCUCCCAAGUCAGGCCUCCAACCUCAAGGACCGAGUACCUCGACCCAGGCCGCCUCAUCUCCUGCACAAUCUGCCUCGCCGUCGACGGCGCCUCGUUCCUACGCCAGCGCCACCAAAAAGUCCGCGACGGACUCGACCGCCGCUCCCGUCACCGUGGGCGGCUCGUCGCAACAUGGGAAGUCGACCUCAGCAUCUCCUGUGAGCGGCAAACCCAUGCAGCAAUCUCAAACCCCCGGUGUCACCAUCGUCAAUGGCGCUCCGGCUCCUCAGAACGAUCACUCCCGCAAGCCCUCGGUGACCAUCACCUCCGCUGGCACCUCCGGUUAUAUUCCCAACGGCGGCCAGACUGGUCGUCCCAACAGUCUGCAGUUCGGCUUCGCCAACCAGCAGUCCUCCCCUAGCAUGGGCAAUCCCGCGUCUCUGGCCACUCAGCCUCAGUCCGGUCUUGGUGUCACUCCGCCCGUGAACCCCCGUGUGACUUCUCCCCAGACUUCGCCUUCCCCUAUCCCUCAACCCGCCUCCAGCGGUGGCCGGCCACCGCCGUCGACCUACCAGGCACAGGGUAACGUUCCCAACUUUGGCAGCUUCGGCGAUGCUGGCGACAACGCACCCCUUGGCCCCGGACCUCAGUCGACCCACCUCCGUCGCGAAUCGUCUCAGUCGACUCAUAGCGAUAUGAGCAGUCAUAUGAACAAUGUUGCUGGUCGUGGCGGUUACCCCCAUCAGGGCGGUCGCGGCCGUGGUUAUUCCCAGUCGAGUUACCAGGGUCAGGCUCCUUACUCUCCAGGUCCCAAUUUCCGCCCAACUCCCAACCAGCCCCGAGGCGCUCCCAACAUGGCUCCCCAGUUCCACCCGUCUAACCAGGGACGUCCGCUCGCGCCCUUCCCCAACUCUCCCCAUCAAGCGAGCCGCAGUCCCGCGCUCGCGAACGCGCACCCUGCGACUCCCCAAAUGAACCAGGUUCCAAUGGCACACGCGCAGAUGCCCCCGCAGCCGUACGGUUUUGGACAACCGAUGGGACACCAAUCUGCGUACCCCGGCUACGAUCCCACGGCUUACGGCUACUACCCUCAAUACGGCAUGGGUGGUGUUCAGUACAUGACUCCUCCUUCCCCUCAACCGCGCCCCGGAAUGCCGUUCAACCCUCAGGCCCCGUACAUGCAGAACCAGUAUCCCGUUCAGCCCCCCGCUCAAGCGACCUCGCUGUCCCGUUCGCCUUCUCAGAUGUCCAAUGACCGUCCUGGUUCCAGCCUGGGUCAGGGUCAACCCCCUGCUGGCCCCCCCGGUCCCGCCCAUGCUCACACUGCGAGCCGUACGUCCAACAGCCCUGCUCCCCAGAAGACUCCGUUUGUCAUUCCUCCCACCAAAAAGAGCCCAAUCGUCAUUAAGGACCCCGGUAGCGGUGUCGUGAAGACUUUUGAAAAGGCCCCCGCUUCUCCCGCUCGCAUCACCCCCUCCCCUGUCAAGAUUGCGACUCCCACCUCGACUCCACCUCCUCGCACUGGCAGCAGCGCCGACCACACUCGUACCGAGUCCAAGUCUAUCAAGACCGACGAGGAGAAGAAGAAGGAGUUGAAGGACGCCGUUCGCCAGAAGAUCGAACAGGAGGAAGCUGAACAGCGCCGCAAGGCUGAAGAGGAGGCCGCUGCUCAGCGUAAGAAGGAAGAAGAAGAGGCUGCCCGCAAGAAGGAAGAGGAGGAGGCUGCUCGUAAGAAGCAGGAGGAGGAAGAGGCUGCGAAGAAGGCUGCUGAUGAGGAAGCUGCGCGCAAGAGUCUCGAGGAGCUGAGCUUGAAGGAUAAGCCGGCCGAGACGAAGGCCGAAGAGCCUGCCAAGCCCGCUGAGUCCGCUCCAGCUCCCGCUGCCGCUCCUGCCGACGAUGAUGACAUCGACUACGAUGCUAUUGAGCGUGAGAUGGCCGAGAUCGAGGCGAAGGAGCGCGAGGUCGAGGCUGCUUACUAUGCCAAGAAGAAGGCUGAGAAGGAGGAGAAGGAGCGUAAGGAGAAGGAAGAGCGUGAGGCCUAUGAAGCCAACAUGAAGCAGGCCGAGCGUGAGGCCGAGGCUAUCGAGGAAGCUCGUGCCAAGAAGCGUGAGGGUGGCGCUGUCAACGAAGAGGACCAGAAGAAGAAGGACCUCUUCGCCUCGUUGAAGAAGGGUGGCUUCGCUGCAACUGAGGGCAGCACUCCUGCUGACAGCGGUACUGCUACGCCCUCUUCUGACAUGGGACCUCCUGCCAAGCCCGCCAGUGCUAUCAAGCAGAAGCCCGCUGCUCUCAAGCUGGAGACCAGCAAGGCCGUUGAGCCUCCUCAGCCGAGCGCUGCCAUGAAGGCACUUCACUCGGCUCGCUUGAUUGAGGAUCUCAGCAAGAUCACCUAUCCCGAGUCUAUCGCCUCUCCUAACCCUGCUCUUAAUGCCAGCGCUCCUGCUGACCGCAAGUUCCACUACAACAAGGAAUUCUUGCUUCAGUUCCAGAACGUCUUCAAGGAGAAGCCCUCGAUUGACUGGGACGUGCGCGUGCGUGAGACCGUCGGCGACAAUGACUCGUCCCGUCCCCAGUCGGCCCGCACCCCGAUGGCUGGCGGCCGCCAGAGUUCCCGCCCCGGAAUUGGUCAAGGAUUCCCCGGAAUGGGCAACUUCGGCCAGGCCGGCAACCGCAACAGCUUGCCUCCCGGCACCACAUCGGAGCAGCGCUUUGCUAUGUCACGCCAGGCCUCCGCUGUUGGCAAUCCUUUCGGCUCUUUCGGUCGUGGUAUCAGCGUUGGUGGCGCUAUUGGUCGCACCAACUCCAGCCCUAUGCACCCCGGCAUGCCCUCGCCCCGCCCCGGUUCUGGCCGCUCCGGUACUCGCAACAGCAGCAAGCGUGAUAAGCAGCAAGCGAAGAAGGAAGAGGACAUGGCCAAGUCUAUGCCUCUCACCGCCGGCAAGGAGGUCGAGGCCCUCCAAGUGUCGACCACAGGAUGGAAGCCCCGUAGUAUCGGCCAGCCUGCCGCUGCUGGUCCUCCUCCUGCUGGCUCCGCUCACCUGCCUCCGGACGUGGUGCAGCGUAAGGUCAAGGCUGCUUUGAACAAGAUGACUCCUGAGAACUUCGACCGUAUCUCGGGCCAAAUUCUGGAAAUUGUUUCGCAAUCCAAGGACGAGUCGGAUGGACGCACUCUGCGCCAGGUCAUCCAGCUCACCUUCGAGAAGGCUACUGACGAGGCUCACUGGGCAUCCAUCUACGCCAAGUUCUGUAAGAGUAUGCUUGAGAGCAUGAGCCCCGAAAUUAAGGACGAGAAUAUCCACGACAAGAACGGCAACGUGGUCGCUGGUGGCAGUCUGUUCCGCAAGUACCUCCUCAACCGUUGUCAAGAAGAGUUCGAGCGCGGUUGGAAGGUUAACUUGCCUCCUAAGCCCGAAGGCCAGACGGAGGAAGCUGCUAUGCUGUCUGAUGAGUACUACAAGGCCGCUGCUGCCAAGCGUCGUGGUCUUGGUCUCGUCAAGUUCAUUGGUGAGCUGUACAAGUUAGGCAUGUUGACUGAGCGUAUCAUGCACGAGUGUGUGAAGAAGCUUGUCGAUUAUGAGGGUAUGCCCGAUGAGGCCGAGGUGGAGAGUUUGACCAGUCUUCUGCGUACCAUCGGUGCUAGCCUCGACGCCUCGGAGCGCGGACAUGCUAUGAUGGAUGCUUACUUCGCCCGCAUCAACCUCAUGAUGCAGACUCCUGGGUUGCCCAGCAGAUUGCGCUUCAUGUUGCUGGAUAUCAUCGAUCUGCGUUCUGCCCGUUGGGUUUCCAAGGAUGCUGACAAGGGACCGAAGACUAUCCAACAGAUUCGUGAAGAGGCUGCUCGCGCCCAACAAGAGGCCGAGAUGGAACGUCUUCGCCAGCAGGCCAACCGCGGCGGUAGCCGUCCGGGCAUGGGCCGUGGUGAUGCCCGUAGCUACAGUAAUUACGGCAACCAGGCACCUCCCCAAGACUUCGCCUCGAGCAAGGUUGGCAGCGACGAUCUCCGCCGUCUGCGGACGACCCGCAACACCAACCAGCCAAUGUCUUUCGGACCUUCCAGCAUGCUGGGAUCUCGCAGCAACAGCGGCCGGAAGAACUUUGGCCCUGGUGGCAACCUGGUUCGUGGCAGUGAUGACAGUGCUGCCAGCAGCCGGACCGGCACUCCCCCUGUCGGCAAGAAGGAGGAAGUCACUUCGAUCAACGCUUUCAGUGCUUUGGCUAGCUUGGAAGACCGCGACAACAUGGCUACCUCCCCGCCCUCGAACCCUACCUCCCCUAUGCUGACCAAAUCGCAACCCGCGGUUGAGCGCCGACCCUCCAAGACCCCGUCCACUGCCGGCGAGGAAGCCUCAUAG